GCUGCUUGUUCUUGGCCAUGUUCAGUUGAUCUUUAACGGGCUUCUGUGAUCAGCUCGAGUUGCCGUUGCUGCUCCGUUGAAGAUACCGGCAGCCGUGGUAACCCCUCCACACUCCUUCCCCCCACUCUUUGUUUAAACAGUCCCGAUGACGGACGCUCCGCCCAUUGUCUUCAUCGCCAGGCACGGCGCGCGUCUCGAUGCGGCCGACAAGGACUGGCAUUUGACAUCCCCAACCCCAUACGACCCCCCUUUGUCGUACGGUGGCUGGAUGCAGGCGCGGGCACUUGGUCUUCGCAUUGCCAGUCUCUUGCAAGACUCCGAGUUUACAGGCAAGGAUCCAGAGCCUAGUUCCACCCAACUCUCGGCCUCGGACUCGUCCCCCCGAUACAACUUCAUUGUCCACACCUCCCCAUAUCUGCGAUGUUUACAAACAGCGAUCGGCGUGAGUGCAGGCCUCAGUCACUAUCGCCCGGGUAGUGAGACCUCUGCGGUGGUGGACUCGCCGUCCGUAUCUCAGUCUCAACCAGGAGAAGCUGGAAGUCAUGAUCCCCGACCGCUCCUGCGUGUGGAUGCGUUCCUAGGCGAAUGGUUGUCGCCUGAUUACUUUGACCAGAUUGUUCCACCACCGGCCUCAGACAGGAUGGUCGCUUCGGCUAAAGCUGAGCUCCUUCGUCGGGGCGAGGGAAUUCCGAUGUCGCGGGAAAUACGGUCGUCGUCAGGACACUUCCCUGGCGGAUGGGGUAAUCCGUCUCAACUAGCAUCGCCUGAUGAGGAAGGUGACCGCCGGCGAUUCUCACGAGGCUCGUCAACCAGCACAACCCCUUCUGGGCAGCAACCUCAGCGACCGCGCGCCAGCACCUACGAUAAUCUUCAGGGCCCCGUUCCAACUAGCGAUCCCCCUCGAGCCUUGGGCCGCUUGAACACCGAUCUCCCCUCCGUUACCGAUGCAGCUUACGUGCCGCCGACUCCCGGAUAUGCAGUUUCUCCCUCGGAUCCCAUCCCAUCCGGCUACGUGGCGCAUGCACGGGACGCUUGUACCAGGAUUGACUACCAAUGGGAUAGCAUGCGAACACCCUACUGGGGCACGGGCGGUGACUAUGGUGAGGAGUGGAGCAGCAUGCAUGAGAGAGUACACGCGGGUUUCCAACAUAUGGUGGACUAUUAUCGGCAGCGGGGGAGUGCCGGUGACCGUUCCAGGGCCAUGUCAAAUGGCUCGAUGCGGCAGGACAGUCCUGCCCAGACCGUGCUUAUUAUCAUCACGCACGGAGCGGAUUGCAACGCAUUGAUUGGCUCCCUUGCGGGGCGCUCUGUGCUUCUGGAUAUUAGCACUGCGUCGCUCACUAUGGCAGUGCGACGAGACCGUGUCAAAAAGAGCGCAACCCCAGACUCCGACCGCUCCCCCGUGAGCUCCUCUCCUUCCUCGCCUAGCAGUCAGGGUGGCCGGUCUGUCUCCCAGGGGUACUCAUUACAGCUCAUCGCCUCAAAUGACCAUCUACGUGCGGGGGUGAACCCCUCUCAGCUCGCUUCGCUGUCCUCUCCCUCGGCUCCACAGCCACUGCCGCCGCCUUCUAUACCGACCUAUCGUAAUCGCCUCGGCUCCCGUCCUUCCGCAUCGAUCCUGCAAGGGACCUUUUUAAUCGAUCCUACUCCUAAGGUGGGACCGAGUUCUCGCAGUUGGUCCAUGAAUUCACGCCCGUCUCCUACCUCGACUCCGCGUGGCACAUCGGGCCUUUGGGGCUCGCUUGCAUCGCCCGCCGAGGAGACUGAUGGAGAUACCGAGGACGUGUUUGUGCCCAAUUUUGGAGACCCACGACCCGGAGGCCAACGACCUGUGAGCCAGGACUCGUCACACUCAGAUGUUCUCAUUGACCGGUCGGGCUGGACGAAGCAAUUGCCUCAACGUACACUUUCCCAACGUGGACUGUGGGGCAGUGCUCCGUCCUUGGAGGACCGCGACGCAGCUUCGAGACGCCGAUGGACAGUGACGGAGCAGAAACUGUGA